AUGUCCUCCGUCAAAGCACUGAUCCUCGACUUCGCCGGAGUUCUAUGCUUAUGGACUCCGCCAGCCCAAAGCCCGCUCUCCCCAGCGCAGCUCAGACAAAUCAUGUCCUCCGAGAUAUGGUUCGAAUACGAGUGCGGGAGGUAUUCCGAAGAAGAAUGUUAUGCGAAGCUUGCUGAACGAUUCUCCAUCAGCGCUGCAGACAUGGCCUCCACUAUGGAACAGGCCCGUCAGAGCCUGGAACUGAACCACGCCGUCCUUCAGCUUGUCAGCGAGAUGAGGAAGUGCAACCCCGGGCUCAAAGUGUAUGGCAUGACGAACACGCCUCAUGCGGAACAGGAUUGUGUCAAUCGCAUUGUGGACAGCUAUCCUGUUUUCGACCAUGUGUAUCUCUCCGGGGUCGUUGGGAUGCGCAAACCAGAUCUUGGAUUCUAUCGGUUUGUUCUCGCAGAGACCGGGUUAAGGCCUGACGAGGUCGUGUUCGUGGACGACAAAGCGGAGAAUGUGUUGGUCGCGCAGUCCGUGGGGAUGCACGGCGUGGUGUUCCAGAACGUCACCGAUUUCAAGCAGCGGAUCAUAAACCUGAUGGAAGACCCUGUCUCUCGGGGCUUGACGUAUCUCCGCUCGAAUGCAAAGAGCCUCCUCACUGUGACUAGCAAUAACUCCGUGAUCCACGAAAACUUUGCGCAGUUGCUGAUUCUAGAGCUGACGGGCGACCGAGACUUGAUUGAACUCGAACCUUGGGAUCGAACAUGGAACUAUUUCAUCGGGGUUCCUCAGUCGCCGACGGGUACCUUCCCCAACGACCUGGACACCACCUCUAUCGCGCUCUCGGUCCUUCCCAUUCAUAAAGACGUCGUCGCCGAUGUGAUGAAUGAGAUUCUGCUGCUUCUGGACAACGACGGGAUAGUCCCGACGUAUUUUGAUCCCACUCGCCCGCGAGUCGACCCAGUCGUCUGCGUGAACGUGCUUAGCCUGUUCGCCCAGAACGGCCGAGAAUCCGAGUUACUCGCCACCUUUAACUGGGUGCUGGACGUGCUGCGACAUAGAGCCUACCUGCAGGGCACGAGAUACUACAUCAGUCCGGACGCCUUCUUGUACUUUCUAGCCAGACUCUCAGUCUUUCUGAGGAACAGUCCAUUCCGCGCUCGGCUGAUGCCUCUCCUGAGAGAAAGAGUAUAUGAGCGAGUUGGUGCCGUUGGCGACGCUAUUUCUCUGGCCAUGCGAGUCUAUGCGUGUAAGCUGCUUGGGAUGUCGAAUAUGCUCGAUGAGAGAGCAUUGCGGGACAUGCAGUGUGAGGAUGGCGGCUUCCCUACAAGCUGGGUCUAUAGAUUUGGAUCGACCGGGGGGAAGAUCGGGAACCGGGGAUUGACUACUGCACUUGCAAUAAAGGCUAUUGAGAUGCCCAGCCGGGUCCAGUCUUCUAUAUCUCGCUCAUAA